GGGCCAGGUCGUUGCUGAGAGCAUGAGGCUGUGCUGGUUGUUCGCCCUGCUUCUUGCCGCGGUGGGGGCUGCAGACAAAUGUGAGAGAAAUGAGUUCCUCUGCCACAAUGGGAAAUGCAUCUCCUACAAGUUGGUUUGUGACGGGAGUCCUGAGUGCCCCGAUGGCUCUGACGAGUCCCUGGAGACAUGCAUGUCUGCCACCUGCAGGCCAGAGGACUUCAGCUGCGGGGCUCUUGUCAACCGCUGCAUUCCUCAGCUCUGGAGAUGUGACGGCCAGAUGGACUGCGAGAACGGCUCUGACGAGCGAGACUGCCCCCCCAAGACCUGUUCCAUGCUGGAGUUCCGCUGCGACGACGGGAAGUGCAUUGACAUAGAGUUCGUCUGCGACUUAGACCGAGACUGCUUGGACGGCUCCGACGAGGCACACUGCCCGGCGCCCACCUGCAGCCCCGCCCACUUCCAGUGCAACAGCUCCACCUGCAUCCCGAAGCUGUGGGCCUGCGAUGGCGACAGCGACUGCCAAGACGGCUCAGACGAGUGGCCGCAGAGCUGCGGGGGCCGCAACACGUCCGCCCAGCACAGGCAGCACCCGUGCACGGACCUCCAGUUCCACUGCCACAGCGGAGAAUGCAUCCACUUCAGCUGGCACUGCGACGGCAGCGCGGACUGCAAGGACAAGUCUGACGAGGAGAACUGUGCUGUGGCCACGUGCCGGCCUGACGAGUUCCAGUGCUCAGACGGGACCUGCAUCCACGGCAGCCAGCAGUGUGACAGGAAGUAUGACUGCAGGGACAGGAGUGAUGAGCUGGGCUGCAUCAACGCGACUGUGUGCGAGGGCCCUGACAAGUUCAAGUGCCACAGUGGCGAGUGCAUCACCCUGGACAAAGUGUGCAACUCGGUCCGGGACUGCCAGGACUGGUCAGAUGAGCCCCUCAAGGAGUGUGGGACCAACGAGUGCUUGGACAACAAGGGUGGCUGCUCCCACGUCUGCCACGACCUCAAGAUUGGCUACGAGUGCUUGUGUCCUAAGGGCUUCCGGCUGGCGGACCAGCUGAGAUGCGAAGACAUUGACGAGUGUCAGGACCCCGACGCCUGCAGCCAGCUCUGUGUGAACCUCGAGGGCAGCUACAAGUGCGAGUGUGAGGAGGGCUUCCAGCUGGACCCACUCUCCAAGUCCUGCAAGGCUGUGGGCAGCAUCGCCUACCUGUUUUUCACCAACCGCCACGAGGUGAGGAAGAUGACGCUGGACCGCAGCGAGUACACCAGCCUCAUCCCGAACCUGAAGAACGUGGUUGCCCUGGACAUGGAAGUGGCCAGCAACAGAGUCUACUGGUCGGACUUGUCCCUGAGGAAGAUCUUCAGCACCCAGAUUGACAGAGCGCCCACCUCCUCCCACAACACCAUCAUCGGCGAGGACCUCCAGGCCCCCGACGGGCUGGCGGUGGACUGGAUCCACAGCAACAUAUACUGGACCGACUCCAUCCUGGGCACUGUCUCGGUGGCUGACACCAAGGGAGUGAAGAGGAAGACCCUCUUCAAGGAGGAAGGCUCCAAGCCGAGGGCCAUUGUGGUGGAUCCUGUGCACGGCUUCAUGUACUGGACAGACUGGGGGACUCCUGCCAAGAUCAAGAAGGGGGGCCUGAACGGCGUGGACAUUCACUCGCUGGUGACAGAGAACAUCCAGUGGCCCAACGGCAUCACUCUGGAUCUUUCCAGUGGCCGCCUCUACUGGGUUGACUCCAAGCUCCACUCCAUCUCCAGCAUCGAUGUCAACGGGGGAAACCGGAAAACGGUUUUGGAGGACAAGAGAAAGCUGGCACACCCCUUCUCCGUGGCCAUCUUCGAGGAUAAGGUGUUUUGGACGGAUAUCAUCAAUGAAGCCAUUUUCAGUGCCAACCGCCUCACGGGGUCUGACAUUAAUUUGAUGGCAGAAAACCUGUUGUCCCCAGAGGACAUUGUGCUUUUCCACAACCUCACACAGCCAAGAGGGGUGAACUGGUGUGAGAAGACCACCCUUCCCAACGGUGGCUGCCAGUUCCUGUGUCUCCCGGCCCCCCAGAUCAAUCUCCACUCACCCAGGUUCACCUGCGCCUGCCCAGACGGCGAGCUGCUUGCCUUGGACAGGAGGAGCUGCCUCGCAGACACUGACCCUGCGGUGACCACCCCAGGACCCACCAUGGCUGGCUCAACUGUGACCAUUUCUGAGCUCACCACCUCCAAGUUGGUGCUUCACCAAGCCUGGGACAACGCUACUCACAGAGGGGACCAGGAGAGGCCCAGGAGCGUGGGCGUGCUGUACAUUGUCCUCCCCAUUGCGCUGCUCACCCUUCUGUGCUUUGGGGCCUUCCUCCUCUGGAAGAACUGGCGGCUGAAGAGCAUCAACAGCAUCAACUUUGACAACCCCGUGUACCAGAAGACCACGGAGGACGAGGUCCACAUCUGCCACAGCCAGGACGGCUACACCUACCCCUCGAGACAGAUGGUCAGGAUGGAGGAUGACAUAGCAUGAGCUGCUGCCUUGAGUCCUGUCCCUCCUGGGAACCUGCUGCUGGUCAAGGGCAGGAAGAAUACUUUCUCCCCAAACCCUUGACCUUCCCAAAACCCUUCUUCAGACCCCGACACCCUCCUGUUCCAUUCACAGAAAGAAGUGGCCGAAAGCACUGCUGGUGGCUGCAACUCGAUGCUGGCAUCCAUGGGCCUGCCUGCCAGAGCUUUGUUUUAUAUAUUUAUUCAUCUGGGAGGCAGGCGGCAGUGCACAUGGAAUGGGUUUUGAAAUUUUUUUCUUGACCUUUUCUCCUCGACUGUCUCCUCACCUGAGGGACUGGUGGACGGAGGGACACCAAACCUGCGAGAGCAAGUGGCUUUGAACACCGAAGUGCAGGUGCUGCCCCAGGGUCCCAGGCAGCUGCCAAGCCCCUGACCUCAGGAGUGAAUGUGUUUACCUCUGCCUCGCAGGCCUCAGUGGACACCAGAUUAAGCUUUUGCUCUGCCACCGCAGACCAGGAUGAAAUCAGUGUUUUCUAAUAGGCCAGUAGGUGCCCUCCCCUUAAGCUGGGAGAGGGAAUCUGGCGUUGGUGUUGACAUGGCCGAAUCCAGCGCACCGGGUGGCCCAUUGAGCCCCACUCAUUCACCGAAACCUCAAGUUACCCAGGGGAGCUGAGCCACCCAUUGCCCUUAAUAUUUAUUAAGUGCCUGAGACACCCGGGUACCUUGUGUGUGAAGUAAGUGGCCUCCAGCCUCCAGCAGUGUCCUUCAGCCCCCAGGGUGGCUGUGUGGAACCCAGCCUUGUGCCCCAUCACCGCCUCCUCCAGGUGCCCUUGCACUUUUCCAGUUCAGGCUUGUACGUUCUGUAACGUCUAUAUCGUUGCUAUUUUGCACUGUUGUCUAUUCUGGCUGGGAUGGGCUCCUAGGCCAGAGAGGGCCUGGGGAUGGGGAGGGGAUGAGGUGCUGUCUCAGGGCCUUUCUCCCAGGGUUUCAAAGCCAAGAUUGAGACUAUCUUGCUAGUGUUUCCACUUCUAGGCACAUGCCCCUGAGCCGUUAAUCUCCAAGACAGGCCAGCUGUCACGGGUGGGUGUCCGUCUGAUACGUGCAUGGUGUUUCUGCCCUAAGACAUCCCCUAGGCCAGGUCAUUGUUUAGGACUUACGAAACAAGAAUGUCUUCUGAAGUCGUCACAUGCCAUAUUUACAACUGGAGACCGCGGAAGGAGCCCCCUGUGACGCCCUUGUGCACUGUGCACUACACAGCCACGGAGCCUGUGCCCCGCCCCGCAGGGAGCUGUGGAAGGAGUUUCUCUUUCCGAAGCCUGUAAAUAAACCCCUGGAUGUAUGAGUGGGGCAUAUUAUGUUUGCACUUUGUAUGUUUGUCGAGACACUUAUCAUUCAUAUAUGUGAAAACCAGAGCUAUUUAUUUUUGCAAACCCUGGGUGCUGCAUUUGUUUGGGGGCCCCUGAGGGGGUCUGCACUGGGGGCGACCAUCUGAGAGGCCUCGCCCGUCUUUCUGGACAGGUGACUCGUGCAGCCUCUCUUCAAGCGUGCUGUGUCCCUGUUGCCUAUAUGGGCUGCUUUGGGAGGUUUGGCUGUUGAUUUUAAACCACGGUAUAGAAUGUUUUUAUAGUCUGAAUGUCUUACUUGGACUGAUUAAAUUUCUUAAAUGAACCAUGUAGCUAAACCUGA